UCUGCUCUGCCUGGGUUUGGCAUCUGACUGGGAACCCACCAACACGAGACAACAACUCCAUGGUCGCCCUCUCCUUCUCGGCAAGCUAAUAAGUAGCGUACUUUACACGGACUCCCUGGCACCGAUCUCGUCGGAUCUUUGUCUGGUCGUGUCCCAAUCGAUCCCUCUGCUCAACACCCUCUCCCGACCAGCGCCGAUUCCACCUUCGGCACCUCGACUUAGUCCUCCUUCACCGAGUCAUUCGCUACCCGCUCCUUGACGUAUACUGUCUCGCCUACAACGUCCCUGACGACUGCGAAAGGCAAGACCGGCCUCGACCCUUCCAAAUACAUAUACUUGUAACCAUGGCGGACGAGCACGAGGGAGCCUCCGCCAAGGAGCAGCUCGUCGAGGCGUGCCGGCGCAACAACGUCGAGCUCCUGACAGAGAUUAUUGGCAACUGCAGAAACGACGACGAGAUAUCAGAUCUCCUCAACAACACAAAGUCCGUCCUCGGCAACCACUUAUACCACGAGGCCGCCCUCCAGGGUAAUUACGAGAUCAUCGACAUGCUCCUCGACCAGCCCAACUUUGAGUGCGACCCGAUAAACCGCAUAGAAGGCGACACCCCCUUGCACAGCGCGAUCCGGUGGAUCAACAGCGAGCCCCCCGCGCAGCGCGAGUUCGGCAACGCCCUCGUCGAGAUGAUGCUUGAGGCCGGCUCGAGCACCCGCGUCAAGAACAAGGCCAAGCUCACCCCUUACCACCUCGUCGACCCGCGCAACGCCGGGCUCCGGGAGCUCAUCCAGAAGCACGAGUACGCCGCGCUCAACUCGGGCGACUUUGUCGACGCCAGCGACGUCAAGCCCGCGGCUGGCACCUCCUACUCCUCGGUCGGCGGGCAGGGCGCGGGUGGUGUCGGGGAUGACGACGACGACGACAAUGCCGAAUUCAGUGGCAGCGACGAGGAAGAGAGGGCAGAGUUUGAGAGGCGCAGGGCGAAUAAGACAAGGUGAAGACAGCCUCGUCUUUCUACCGUGGGUUAGGUCAGGAUGAAACUUGCCCAGCGUUUGAGGAGGGGCGGAGCAAGAUGAAAAAGCCCGCACGCACACACGCACACACACUCACACACAUACAACUUGUUCACGUGAGCAAGCGAUCUAUACACAUAUCAGCCAGCUACACUGGCUGGCACCUGCAUUUUGAGACUUUGCAAAGAGUGGGACUACGGGACAAAGGAGGCAUUAUAGACAUUGACACACUGUCAAGGCUGUUUUUUUUAACAGCAGCUUAGUUAUAGCUUACGAAUAAAAUACCUUCAAAGCUUCAGA